ACUUCCGGUGUCAUGGCUCCCCGUCCUGCUCUCAGUGCUGUGAGUCCCUCAGCUCGCUAGCCCGCCUUCUGGGACUUAUUCCAGCUGCGGACCACGUGGGAAGGACUCGGGAACACCGGGAAGCCGCGCAAUGGUGAUGGAGACAUUGACCUUGGAGGACGUGGCUCUUAUCUUCACCAGGGACGAGUGGAUUUUGCUGGAUCCAUCCCAAAAGAAGCUCUAUGGAGAUGUGAUGUUGGAAACUUUUAGGAACCUGGCUGCCCUAGGAAGAAACUCAGAUGACCAGCACAUUGAAGAUGAGAAUAAAAACUGCAGAAAAAUUUCCAGAAGUGAAGAGGUAGAGCAAUCCUGUCAAUAUAAAUUAUGUUAUGAACAUGGAGAAAUGAUUUUGCAGACUCCAGCUACAGAUGUGCACAUGACACUUGGUGGUGUAAAACCUGGGGAAGGCAUUUCCUCUAGAGAGUCCCUGGCUUAUGAUUCAUCAGCAGAUUGGUCCAUCAUGGCUAACACUGCUCUCCAAACAUAUGAACAACAAGGAUUUCAAGAGAAGCUCUCUACCUAUAAUAAACAUGGGAAAACCUCCACAAAAAUCAAGUCUUUUCUAAAAUAUGGAAACACAAGCCCUGGGGAGAAACCCCAUAGAACUGGUUGCACAGACAAAAGUAUCAUUGAAGAGAAAUCAGAUGCCAAAUCAUUCAUUACACAAAUUGGAGAAAGAAGUCAUAGUGAGGGGAAUAUGUGUAUAUGUGUGCCACCUGGAGAAGAUUUUGAUUCUCAUCACAAUAUUCAGACACAUAAAAAUGAUCACUCUGAAGAAAAAAACCACGUAGGUAAACUCCAUGGAAAAUUCUGUAUUAAUUUAUUGGGUAGUGUUGAAAGAAGUCACACUGGCGAGAAACCUUAUGCAUGCAACCAAUGUGGGAAAGCUUUCAAAAGAAAAGAUAGUUGGCGGAAACAUAAAAGGAUUCACACUGCAGAGAAACCCAAUGUAUGUAGGUACUGUGGAAAAGCUUUCAGCAGAAAAGAUAGUUGGCAGAAUCAUGAAAGGAUUCACACUGCAGAGAAACCCAAUGUAUGUAUGCACUGUGGGAAAACUUUCAGCAGAAAAGACACUUGCCAAAAACAUGAAAGGACUCAUACUGGGGAAAAACCCUAUGUAUGUAAGCAAUGUGGAAAAGCUUUCAGCACACGUGCUUAUUGUCAACUACAUGAAAGAAGUCACACUGGGGAGAGACCCUAUGUAUGCAAGCAAUGUGGGAAAGGUUUCAUGACAUGCAGUCACAUUCGAGCACAUGAAAGAACUCACAUUGGUGAGAAACCCUUUGUAUGUAAGCAAUGUGGAAAAGCUUUUACCAGAAACACUGAUUGUAAAAUACAUGAAAUGAUUCAUACCGGUGAGAAACCCUUUGUAUGUAAGCAAUGUGGAAAAUCUUUUGCCAUGUACAGUUAUAUGAGAAUACAUGAAAUGACUCACACUACAGAGAGACUGUGUAUAUGCCAGCAGUGUGGGAAAGCUUUUAGGACAAAACAGUGUUGUCGAGUUCAUGAAAGGAUUCACACAAGUGAGAAACACUAUAUAUGUAAGCAUUGUGGGAAAGCUUUCAGCAGAAAACAUAGAUGGCAAAAUCAUGAACAGACUCACACUGCAGGGAAAUCCUUUAUAUGUGAGCACUGUGGGAAAGCAUUCAGCACAAAAGAUAAUAGGCGAAAACAUGAAAGAAAUCACUGUAGAGAAAUCCCGUGUGUGUAAGUAAUGUUGAAAAACCUUUCAGCGCAUGGACCUAUUGGGAUAUACAUGAAAAUCACACCAAGGAUUUAAACUAUGUUUGCUAGCAAUGUGGGAAAUCUAACUCAAGUUAUUGUCAAAUCAUGAAAAGGCACUGCAGAGAAAGCCUGUGUAUGUAAGCAAUUUGGUAAAGCUUUCAGCACACAUGGUUAUUGUGAAACAUCAAAGAAUUCACACCAAGGAGAAACCCUAAGUAUGUAAGUAAUAUGGGAGAGCUUUCACCACAAAGACUGAAAAAUUUGUGAAGGUACCCAUAUGUACAUUAGCAGUGUGUAAUAGCUAUGUUUGCGUAUAUGAAAGGAUUCACACUGCAGAGAAACACUAAGCAAUGUGCGAAAGCUUUUAGGACAAGAAGGUAUUCUAAAUUACAUUAAUGGACUCCCACAAUGUAAGCAAUGUGGGAAAGCUAACAAAAUACAUUACUGCCGAGUACAUGAAAAGACUCACUGCAGAGAAAUCCUGUAUAUGUAAACAAUAUAGAAAACCUUCCAGCACAUAAAGUCAUUGUGUAGCACAUAAGACAACUCACACUGGGGAGGAAUAGUAAGUAAACAGUGUUUAGGGUUAGGGUGGAAAUUUGCAGUUCUACAUACCAUUCAAAAAUCCAUAAAGAAGCUUACACUGUGAAGAAAUCCAGUGUAAUGUGGAAAAGCUUUCAGCAUGCUGUACUUGUCCAAGACAUGAACAGACCCACACGCUUCAAAUGCUAUGUGUAUAAGCAAUGUGUGAAUGCAGUCAGUACACAAGUAUUGUUAAAAACAUAACAAGUCUCACUUGGGAGAAAGACUGCAAACAAGCAAAAGCCUCUUCUGUAAACAUCAUGCACAUUCAAAAGGGAGAAUAAAAUCCGUACAUAUAAAGUGAUUUAUACUGAUGAGACCGAAGUUUCAGCCCAACUUGUACCAUUAAAUACAUGAGAAAAUUCAUAUUGAAGAGACUCAGAUCAUGUAUGAGCCAUGUAGGACUUUUUUCCUCACCUCACAUGAAAGCGAAUGAAAAGAAAUUAUUUAUAUCCUCCCAUUUUUCCAGUAGACUUGCAAUACAUGAAAGAACUACCAAAGACAAACCCUGGGUAAGGAUUGUGAGACUUUAUUGAUACCAAUAAAUCACAAAACCUACAAAUUUAGGAAAGUUAAUAGAAAUACAGAAUAUGAGAAAUCUUCAUUAUUAUAUGAAUUUCUAUUAAACCUUGCACCACAUGGUAGAGAAGUUCAUAAGAAUAUCCAUCAUGUGGGAACACCUGUAGUCAUUGUGGCUUAAUUCGUGUGGCAUGUGUAACAGCACUGUGACAAAACAUUAAUAUAACUGAUGUACAGAAGUUAUCAGUUACACUGCAUCUCAGAGUGAGUGUUGUAUCUAUGGUGAAUAUCCAAAGGUCUCAGCUAUAAUUUUCCUAAUCCUUUGAUCACUUUGUGUAGUUUAAACCUAAAGAUGAGUUAUAUUAAAAUAUCAGUUAUUUCUCCAGAAAAUACAUAUGAGGAGGAGAUACCUUAAAGUACAGAUACUGGAAACAUCGUUUUUGGUACCAGGGAGCAAACUCAGACUCUCACUUGCCAGAUGCUUAUGCCAUUCAGCUAAAUCCCCAGCCCUGUUAACUCAGUGUUAAUGUAGAUUUCUGGAUUAAGUAAUUAGAGCUUCACUUUUAAAAACAUACAUUUUUGUGCCUCCUUGGUAAGCAGCAGCACAGGAGAUUAGUAUUGUUUUCUUAAAGUGGAUGAUAGUUGUCUUAUUUAUUUGGCAUUGAUAGAGCUUUAGGUUAAGUGACUUGUAUUUCUGUACACAGCACUAGGUUCAUUAUUUGGUGGGGGGUGUUUGCUUUGUGUUCUCUUACUUUUGUAGUUGUGCUGUACCAUGACUCUAAAACUGAAUUUUACUUAACUGUUGUCAUUAUCCCACUAGCUUGUAUUUAAACUCUUGCUGCGUACUGUGCUUUAUUCUAGCAUGAAUUUUUAAAUGGAUAUCAUAGUGUAUAAUUUUAACACUAAUAACUUCUGUACAUGUGUCUUAAGAGUGCAUCUGUUUCAAACAACUUGUAAAUUAGCAAAUAUGUUUUUAAUAUUGUAAGACGAUAUCAAUACAUAUCCCAGAAUGAUUACAAAUCAUAGGCAGUGCUUAAAUUUGUCCAUUUUUUCUCUGCAUCAGAGACGUUAAUAUCAUGUGUCUACAAUGAGUUGAUUUUUAUCAUUAAAUUUUACUUUUUUGGCUCAUUUUGGCAUGAUUUAUGUUGGAGUUGAUUAUUUAAUACACCAUCCAAAAGAUAUCUGUAUUUUUUGGAGUCCCUUACUCCAGAGACCAGCAGGACCAUAUAUUUUCUCAACGAAGAUACAAUAUAUUAUAGUAAGUAGCCUUUCUACAUUCCUUAAUGAUGAUAUGAUUUGUCUGCAAGAAAAUCCUCAGGAAUUUUUUACCGUAUUGGUGUUUGUUUUAGGAUAGUUUCUGUUCUUUAAUAAACAGUACUUUUUUGAAGCUGAAAAUACAUUUUACUUCAGAAAUAAAUUUUUUUAACCUGGAAAGCUCAAAUCAGUUAUUAAAAUAGAAAUUGAGUAAUUUUGUGAUUAAUUUAUAUUGUUUUAUCAAAUUUAGAGAUAAAUAUAUGGUAGUUUUGUCAUCAGUAAUACCAACGUAUGAUGAUUGAAGGAAAUGAUGUCACUGAUGCCACAUAAGACUUGUUCAAGCUGUCAGGGUGAGACCAUCUGGCAUGCUUGACUUACUUUGCCUCCUUACUUUCAGGUACUGCAGUGCCUUGUAAAAUACCCUGCAUUGUUUUCUCUUUUAAUUCAGUAGGGUCUCCAUUUACCAUAGGGUUUCCUUCCAAUAAUGCUAGAUCAACAUUUAUACCUCACCUUAACUUAUGUUAAUUAGACAAGCCACAUUUUGUCUUAUUUACUCCUUUUUCCUUUUUUGUAAUAGUCUUACCAUGUAGUCUUAAGCUCAUGGCAAUCCUAAAGUUCCCAAAUGUGGGGUUAGGCACUUACCACCCUUCCAGGAAAAAAUUUUAUAUCUAUUGUAUAAUGAAAUAUUGAAUGCCUCAUAUGUGUCAUGAGCUACUACAUUGUGGAAUACAUAGUUUACAAUUACAUACUUGCACGUGUGGAUAAUUUUACUUCAGCUCAUUUCUAAUUCUUAUCAUCAUCAGAACACUACAUAAUGCAUACUGUAAGUGCAACCAAAGCAAAACUGCAAACAGAGGUCAUUUUAUCCUGAGCAUAUUUAUUUCCCACCAGCUUACAAUCAAGAAAAUAUUAGUGGUAACAGCAGUUUAUGUCUGAUAUUCUACCACUCAAGCACAGAUGAAUUGCGUGAUUUAAGUCAAAUGGGGAGCCAGAGGGAAACAACCUGUGCAAAUCUGUGGAACAUGUGUCAAAAUAUGAGAAGUUCUAAGUGAAUUUAGAAUAAAACCAAGGAAAAUAAAAGCCUAUCAAUACAA